AUGAAUAGACUCCUCAGUACCUCUCACCAAAGCUCUGAGGCAGAUUUAAAUUUUGAAAUCGGAACCCUCAUUGAUAAGGUGGCAACAGCACACUCCCGUUCUAAACAACGUAGUAAUUCUGUAACAAAACCAAGGAAGAUUAAAUUGGCUGAGCCUGUGGAAGCUGCUAUUGAUAAACAAGUAGAGGAGGAUUUAUUUACCUAUCCAUUCAUAUCUAAUGAUCCAGCUAGUAAUUUAGAAGAUGAUCAACUUCAGAGAAAAUAUCCAGUCACCAACUUGAAUGCUGAAAUAAGAUUGAAAAAACAAAAGGAACUUGUAGAGAAAAUCAGUUUUUCUGAGCACAAAUACCAAUCCAUCUUUGCUUCCUCCUUUCCCCUUAAACCUCUAAUUCCAUUUUUCAAGUAUCUUGUCUCUCCAGUGAAGGGAAAUUAUCUUCCUGACCAACAUAAUAUUGUCACAAAGUCUAAAUUGCGAAUAUCAUUACCGUACACAGUCGUUUUUGGAAUUUCUGAAAGUCCAGUGUUGUACUAUACAGAUGUAGAUGGUUAUGUUGUAAGGGUUGAUAAUGUAGCCUUCAAGACGAUAAAACAAAAACUAACUUAUGGAACUACCUCAGAUUCUGACGUGGCUGUUGUCAUGAAAAGAUUGGUUCCUGGUGAAGUUACUACCAAUGUUGCCUCUCUACUGAGUGUUAAGCAAUUAUUAACAAUUUUGGAUGCUCAAAAUACUGGACUCUGUGUUUUCCAAAGAUAUGUAAAAUCGAGUGGAAGCAAAGCAUCAGUUGCCAGGAUUAUUUGGAAUUCAACUAGACCUGUCUCUGGAUAUGUUCUUUCAAACAAAAAGACCACAACAGAUCCAUUUGAAAAAGAGGCAACAAAUAGGCUAUUAACAAAUACAGAUAAUGCAAAUAAUAUUGAUAUUUUCCAAUUGAAAGCAGCAGCUUUAGGAAGUAUAGGAGUUCAAAUGAACAAUAUUGUAAAAUAUUUGGAAAGUUUACCAAAACUUAAAUGUAAAUUCGAAACAUUUGCUGCAGAUUUUAUCAGAGACGAUGAUGGGAGGUAUUGGUUUAUCCAAGCCAAAGCAUUUACAAUUGAGGAAAAAAAGAUCAAAAAACCAAGUUCGGAAGAGGAAAUUCCAGAGGAAAGAAAUAUCAAAGCAAAAUCAUACUAUCUCAAAAGUAAAGAGUGCAAAAUGUGUCUCAAUCUGUUCCCUCCCACUGAUUUGAGUUAUUCCAUGACUCUAAAGAUGAUUUAUGCUACUGAACAACACUUGAAGAGAAGAGCUGUAAAAUUAGCUUGGUUUGAUAGACCUGAAUUUAAAGGAACAUCAGAAACUUCAAGCUGGUACCAGGAGUUUAAGGUUUGCAAACCAUGUUUUGACAUGUACUUACAAGAGCAAAAGCUUGCCAAAGUUGAGCUCCAGUUUGCAAAGGCAAUUGGUAUUCCAGUAACUAAGAAAAUUAAUGACGAUGCUUCAAUUUUGGAAUCAUUACAGCAUAGGUUGUCGAAUCAAAAGAGGCUUAAUUGCGAUACAAAGGAAAUGCCAAAAAGUUUAUUAAUGUACAGAUUUAUUGUUUACUUGAAUGAGGUCAGAAAUGUUCCAGAUAAUUUAUUAGCAGCUAAGAAAGUUCAACUUAAGGUAAAACUAUUUGAUACUGAAUUAUGUGUUCCUUUGAAAAUGGAAGAUGUGGAUCCAAAGAAGAAGAUUGCAGUUGGAAAAUUGAGGGUAUUCUACUUUUUCAUUAAGAAUCAGACACAAUUCAGAGUCUUUCUGAAGAACCAAAGAGACAUCAAGGUUGAUCUUUGUGUAAAUGGAAAUGAAGUAAUUGGAAAGGCAGUUCUAAAUUUGAAACAAUUCGAGAGUGGGUUAUUGGACAAGUUGGAUUACAUGGUCCUUUUUUCUGCUACUGGACUUAAACUUUGUUCCUUGAGAGCAACUAUUGGAUUUGUGCAAAUGAGUAAUAAGGACAUUACAAAUCUCAAAUUGACAGAGUGCAAUUCAGGUGUAUAUAUUCCUCCAGCUGAUUUUUAUACCGCAGAUCCUUUGCCAGACGAGUGGAUGGAAAUGAUUCCAACCCUAAAAACCACAAGAGAGGGAGCAAGAGAGAUUGAUGAAUCAAACAAGAGAGAUAGACCACAAUCAGCAAGAACUAUGGUUCCAAAACUUGCCACAUCCACAAUUGAAAGAAGGCCAUUCUCAGCCACUCUUCAGAAACGACCAACAACGCCUUCUCAAACUCUCACUAGAAGAGCAGCCAUGAGUGCAACUCCAAGAAAUACUUCUUCAACACCUUCCUACGCCAAAUCUAUCGGAAAUUUGAAAAAGAGGCCAGCAUCCCACAGUGGACAAAGACAAGUUUAUAAUGGUUCUCAAGUGAGUGACUACUAUGAUUACACUUCAUCAACCUUAACAUCAGACCUCAAUACCAUAACAUGGGAUGAAAGAGAUACAAACACAAAGAAACCAACUGGAAUUGAUGCCUUCUUGGGUAAUGUCACUUUUGGAACAGAUAACACACCCGAAGUUUACAGGCCAGCCUCAGAGGCAAGAAUGCAUUUUGCUCAUGAUGAGCUUAUUUGGGAAUGGUCAAUUAACCAGUUUACUGUUAAGGAUCUCAAAUCAUCGGUUGACGAAUGCUGGAUAUUAACCAUAGAUAUUUUUGGUGUGAUGAAAAAGGAAUACGAAAGUUUCCAAAUUUUUAACGAAGGUCCACUAGUAUUUGAUAUUGAAGAUAAGGUUUUCUUGUCAGCCUCUCGAGACAACCUUAGCAGCUACUUUGACAAGGAAAGGAUAAUGAAAAUAACCUUAAAACAAAAAUAUGUUAAUAGAAAUGAAAUGGUUGCAUUGUUUGAUUUGAGGCAAUUAUUGAAAAGAGAGAAUGCUCAAAUCUUUUUGGAGGCUGCUAUUACAGAUGCUUCUCAUGCAGAAGAGAUUAGGUGUGGAAUUGUUGGAGAGGAUAGUGAUCAAGAAAGUGAUGAUGAGGAGGAGAAAUUAAGCAGAGAUGAGAUGAAGCUUGGUACGAUUUCAACCUAUUGCAGUUAUACCAAGAUGGCCAAGACGAAUGAUGUGGCAACUGAAAAUGUUGAAGUCUUCCAAAUUGAGGAGUAUAGUAUCACUUGCUUUAAAACUGUACCUGACUGGUUUGAGAAGAAAUAG